AUGGUCUGUCGCAACGAGCAGUACAAGUGCAAGGCAAUCGUUCACGAGUCCUUGCGCGAGUACCCUCGUGUUCUGAGCGGAGGGUCAUCUGACAUUACCAUGAGCCAGUCGCAGAUGGAGAAUGAUGUUGUCCGAGUGCUUCUCGGCGACAUCGGGGGAAAUAAUUUCCCCCAUCCCUUCCGGGACCUUACCCACAGUGGGGGGAAUGUUUUCCCCCCUCCCUUCGGGAACCUGAUGUUGUCGGAGUGCUUCGCGGCAACCAACCCCCCGACCGUGGAACUGUUCGAAACGGAGGACGCCAGCGUGACUUGCUCAUUCUGUCGCUCCGACAUUUGGAGCAGUUUCCUCACGUCAGGGUUGGUUGCCGAGCAUGAAGAAUUCCGGCUGGUCGGAAUCCAGAAUGCCGCGGAUUUUUACGGCCUACGGCCGCUUGCCUGCUGCAACUGUGAGAAGACGAUGUUUCCCGGCAAAAAGCCGGGGACCGCACCCACAUCAGGGGGGGGGGGGAAUUAUUUCCCUCAUCCCUUCGGGGACGUGCUUGCGGUGCCGCAGGAGGAGGGAGAUACGAAGCCAUACCAGCAGAUUGGCACGUAAUAUCCGCUUUAAUCAAACCAUAUCAAUUCACAAUAAUGGCUCUACGAGGUCACCGUCCCUUUCGAGAAAGGGAACAUUGUCUGGAGGGAGGGGAACGCAAAGCGUAUGGGAGUCGCGAAGGCUGAGGAGACUCCGGUGGAUCCCGCGCUGGGUGGUAACUCCUUUCCAGCAGCAGAUUCACCAGGAAGAUCACUAGACAACGGAACUGGGACUAGGAAGCCUCGGGAAGGAGGCAAGGGAGGGAAAACGAGGAUGUGAAGGAGGGCUUAGUGAUAAUCUUCAUGUGCGGAGUCCGAAGUCGGCGUUUCUUAAAAAUUAAUCCUUGAGUUCUACGUUUGUUCUUUUAAAUCAGUCUCCAC